UGUAUCAAGUAUGAAAUCAGUUGUAAAUAGGCAGGCUACAUUAUUAUCGGAUGUGGCUACCACCAUACAGUCACUUAUUCAGCGGUCUGUAACAGACAUAUUAACAAGUAUUCGACGUCGUGGGGGGGUAACCUGCUGUGCUGUCAAGAUGAGGAUCGUCUGUGUCCUUGUGGCUCUUCUCUGCUGUGGACUCAUUUCUGAAACUGAUGGGGUAUGCCGCUGCAGACGCGGGUGUCGACGCAACCCAGCAGGUCGCUGUUACGGAUAUCCAAAUAAAUGUUACGACGGGUGGUCUGGUACCUACUGCCAAAGAAAAAAUGUCGCCUUCGGAGGCAGAACCGCCCAGAAUGAUUACUAUUCAGUUGUGCUGAGCUCUGAUAGUGCUGUUGACGGGAACACUAAUACAGCCAAUGGGUAUCAAUGCGCACGGACCGGGGAGUCCAACAACGCGUGGUGGAAUGUGCGACUCUCCAGUAACGGAGUCAACCAAAUUAAAUACAUGACAAUAUACAGCCGGGAUUACAGACCUGAAAGACGGAGUCAAAUGGAAAUUCUUGUGGAUGGGAGACAGUGCUACCAGUUUCCAGUAUGGGACACCCCUGAAGUUGUAGAAUCCAUCACGUGUAAUGAAACCCUGACUGGAGAUGUUGUGACUAUCCGGGUCCCUGGUUCUCAUCUCCCUCUGUGUGAAGUAGAAGUCUACGUUUGCAGUGACUAUUGGUUUGGGAUGAACUGUAACCAGCAGUGUCAUUGUGGUGAUAGAGCCGAAAUCUGUGAUAAAGGAACUGGCGAGUGUCAGAGCGGGUGUGCUCCAGGGUUUCAAGGGACAAACUGUCAGUGAGAAGCUGUGAACAAGCGAACGCUGCCACAACAGACGCCCAGGACAAAGCCAGGAACACUGCCACAACACAAUAACUACUCUGCUUCAUGUAUUUUUGUGUAAAUGAGAGAAUUGUAUUACAUUAAACCGUUUGAAUCUGUC